AUGGCGACCACCAUCUCCUCUCUAGCGGCCCCUCCCUCCCUCCACCGCCGCUGCUGCCGGAGCCCCGCAUCCGCCUCGACCCCCGCCCGCGUGUCAUUCCGCGCCGCGCCGCCGGCCGGCGCGGCGGCGCGGGCCAGGCGCCGGGCGGCGGUGAAGGUGCUCGCCUCCUCCGCGGUGAUGGAGGCGCCCGAGGAGCUGGCCACGCGGAAGCUCUACGUGGGGAACAUCCCCAGGACCGUCACCAACGACGAGCUGUCGGCCAUGUUCGCCGCACACGGCACCGUCGUGCGGGCCGAGGUUAUGUAUGACAAGUAUAGUGGUCGGAGCCGGCGAUUCGGGUUUGUCACGAUGAGCACGGCGGAGGAGGUCGCUGCUGCCAUUGAGAGCCUGAAUGACACAGAGGUUGGAGGUAGAAAAAUUAAAGUGAAUGUGACAGAGAGCUUCUUACCAAACAUUGAUACAUCUGCACCGGAAUCGGAACCUUCAUUUGUGGACAGCCAGUACAAGGUUUAUGUUGGCAAUCUUGCAAAGAAAGUGACAACGGAAGUGCUCAAGAACUUCUUCUCUGAAAAAGGGGAGGUCCUCAGUGCCACGGUAUCCCGAAUUCCGGGAACUCCAAAGUCCAAGGGAUAUGGUUUUGUCACGUUUUCUUCAGAGGAAGAAGUGGAAGCUGCGGUUUCUACUUUCAAUAAUGCAGUAAGCUUCUUUUGCACAAAAAUGCCACCUGCUAGUGUGCAGUUGUUUCCCAAUCACAUUACAUCACUUGACAGUAAAAAGCAGACUACGGUUUCAAAACUUGAUAUGCGACAGCUAUGGAAAUAA